UCUGUGAUAGAGGCUUGCCUUGAUCCCAGCUAUAGGACAUCGCUGGCUGCUGUGUGAGUGACUGCGGUAAGGUGUGGGGGUCCUGUGCUGUCUCUGCGGUGAGGGGGGGGAGCGCUGCUAUAUGCCAUCGCAGGCUCCUCUUCAGUGCAGAGUGUGAUCAGACUGGCCCUGCCUGCAGUGCCCGAAUGGAUGUGAAGGAACCAGAGGAGCUGGGUAGUCCCCAGCCAGUCUCACUUCAGGCCUUUGCAAGUGGCUCCACUUUGCAUGGCAUUGCUCACAUCUUCUCCUACGAGCGCUUCUCAUGCCGGCGGAUGAUCUGGAUAUUGUGUUUCCUUGGCUCCUUGUCGCUUCUCCUAUUUGUGUGCACCGAGAGGAUCAUCUAUUACUUUGAUUACCCGCAUGUCACCAAACUGGAUGAGAUUUCAACUGCCAGGAUGACCUUUCCAGCUGUGACCUUCUGUAACCUCAAUGAGUUCCGCUUCAGCCGAGUGACAAAGAAUGACCUUUACCAUGCGGGGGAGCUACUGAGCCUGCUCAACAACCGCUAUGAGCUACCAGAUUCUCACCUUGCCGAUGAGAAAGUAAUGGAAACCUUACAAGAUAAAGCUAACUUCCGCAACUUUAAACCAAAGCCAUUCAACAUGAAGGAAUUCUAUGACCGCGCUGGCCAUGACAUCAAAGACAUGCUUCUAAACUGCAAGUUCCGGGGAGAGGAAUGUGGGCCUGAUGACUUUGUUCCAGUUUUUACGAGAUACGGCAAAUGCUACACAUUUAACUCGGGCCAGAAUGGACGUACCCCUUUAAUUACUUCUAAAGGUGGCACAGGAAAUGGAAUAGAGCUGAUGCUGGAUAUACAGCAAGAUGAAUAUUUACCAGUUUGGGGAGAGACUGAUGAGACAUCCUUUGAGGCUGGAAUCAAAGUCCAGAUUCAUAGUCAGGAUGAACCUCCCUUCAUAGACCAGCUUGGGUUUGGUGUGGCUCCGGGAUUCCAAACAUUUGUGUCUUGCCAGGAACAGCGACUGACAUACCUGCCUCCACCAUGGGGAGACUGUAAAUCAAGUGCUAUGGACUCAGAAUUUUUUGACACGUUCAGCAUUUCUGCAUGUCGGAUAGACUGCGAGACCCGCUACUUGGUGGAGAACUGUAACUGUCGCAUGGUGCAUAUGCCAGGAGAUGCCGCUUAUUGUACACCAGAGUUAUAUAAGGAGUGUGCAGACCCAGCACUAGAUUUCCUGGUGGAAAAGGACAACGACUACUGUUUGUGCGAGACUCCAUGUAACAUGACACGGUAUGGGAAGGAGCUGUCCAUGGUGAAAAUCCCCAGUAAAGCCUCUGCACGUUAUUUAGCCAAGAAGUACAACAAAAGUGAACAGUACAUAGCGGAUAAUAUUUUGGUUCUGGAUAUUUUCUUUGAAGCUCUAAACUAUGAAACUAUUGAACAGAAGGCAGCAUACGAGGUGGCGGGACUUCUUGGGGACAUCGGGGGACAGAUGGGCCUGUUUAUUGGAGCGAGCAUCCUCACUGUUCUCGAGCUCUUCGACUAUGCCUAUGAGGUGUUAAGAUACAAACUGUGCGGGGGUGCAAAAUGUGGGAAAGACUCGAAACGCAACAACAACGAUAAAGGGGUGACAUUAAGUAUGGAUGAUGUCAAACGUCACGCUCCGUGUGAGGGUGUGAGAGGGCACCCAGCAGGCAUGAGCUACACAGCUAACAUUCUCCCCCAUCACGCAGUACGUGGUGCAUUUGAAGACUUCACAUGCUGAGACCACAUACUGAAACAGCCGAGAGAGCAAAAUCAUCUUUGGGAAGAAACAAGACUGAAUGAGAAGCGGAGAUGAGAGCAUAAGAGCCUGGGCGAAAAUCUACAUAACCAAAACUGGCAUUGUCUCAAUUCAAAGACAAAAAUACUGUAAAGAGAACUUAAACCUGCCCUGAGAGUGUAAAAAUUGAAAGUAUGGCUUCAUAUGCAGCGGUCCACCUUGCUUUAUAUUGGC